AUGGGUUUCGGUUCGAAUGUGUAUAUCACCAGUGCUCUUGCCUAUAUGUAUGGGAAAUCCGGUGCCGUUUCAAGCGCACAACGAGUGUUUGAUGAAACGCUUCACAGAAACGCAGUCACUUGGAAUUCUUUGAUGUCUGCUUAUCUGCAUAAUCAAUUACCGGAAUUAGCAAUUAAAUUGUUUGUAGAGAUGCUUAAGGAGGGAAUAUUUCCAACGGCAAUUAGUUUUGUCAACUGUCCUGAGUGGUUGUGUGCAAUUAGAGGCCAGAGAACUGGGUGCUCAGGUGCACAGUUUUUGUUUGAAAACUGGCUUCUGUUUUAA